GGGAAAUUGAAAGGAAAAACUGAAAGAAUUAAGAAAGAGAAAAGGUUGGUUCUUUGUAAUCACAGAGGGAAGAAGACGACCUAUUGAGACUUGCACAGAAGUUGUUCUUCAUCAGUCCCUUCGACAAUCCUUCAAUCCUCUCUCAGGCGGCCGGAAAAAGCUACUGGGAAGGAAGCGAUGGACGACAAUACGGCUAAUAAUGUGGCCCAAGCCAUUGCUGUAUCGCUCGACUGGAGCUCCACUCCCGACGCUCGAAAAGCUGCUCUUUCCUAUCUAGAAUCUAUUAAAACUGGCGACAUACGCGUUCUGGCUAGCACAUCUCUCGCUCUAGUUACAAAUAAGUGGUCUUCUGAGAUCCGGCUUCAUGCAUAUAAAAUGCUACAACAUUUGGUUCGUUUACGGUGGGAGGAAUUGAAUUCUAUGGAGAAGAGAAAUUUUGCGAACGUUUGCAUUGAUUUGAUGACCGAAAUUACGACUCCUUGUGAAGAAUGGGCUUUGAAAAGUCAGACAGCUGCUCUUGUAGCCGAGAUUGUCAGAAGAGAGGGAUUAAAUUUAUGGCAAGAAUUGCUCCCUUCUUUGGUUUCCCUAUCCAGUAAGGGUCCUAUACAUGCCGAGUUGGUCUCAAUGACGCUGAGGUGGCUUCCUGAAGAUAUUACAGUUCACAAUGAAGAUUUAGAAGGUGAUCGACGCAGAAUCUUGUUGCGUGGGCUUACUCAAACUUUGCCUGAAGUUUUUACUUUGUUGUACACGUUACUAGAGAGGCACUUCGGAGCUGCACUGAAUGAAGUAAUCAGUCAAAGGCUGGAUAUUGCAAAACAACAUGCAGCUGCAGUUACUGCUGCCUUAAAUGCUGUUAAUGCUUAUGCCGAAUGGGCUCCAUUACCUGAUCUUGCUAAAUAUGGUAUAAUACGUGGGUGUGGCUUCUUACUUUGUUCUCCUGAUUUUCGCCUUCACGCCUGUGAAUUUUUCAAGCUCGUCUCUGCAAGGAAGAGACCAACCGAUGCUACUACAUCUGAAUAUGACUCUGCCAUGAGAAAUGUCUUUGAGAUCUUGAUGAAUGUCUCCAGAGAAUUUUUGAUCAAAUCGGCCCCUCCUAGUUCCGGUUCGAUUGAUGAAAGUGAAUCUGAGUUUAUAGAAUGCAUUUGUGAAAGUCUCGUAUCCAUGGGUUCAUCUAAUUUGCAAUGUAUAUCUGGGGACGGCACUCUGCUUACACUUUAUCUUCAACAGAUGCUGGGCUUUUUCCAACAUUAUAAAUUAGCUCUUCAUUUUCAAUCCCUGCACUUUUGGCUGGCCUUAAUGAAGGAUUUGAUUUCAAAGUUGAAGGUUUCAACCCAUUCAACGGGAGAUGUUUCAAAAUCUAGUUAUCAAGGCUCAAGUUCUGCAUCGUCUGAUAAUGACAGGAGAACGAUCUUAAGUUUUAUGAAUGAUGAUGUAUGCACUGUAAUUCUUGAUAUAUCUUUCAAGCGACUGCUCAAGAAAGAAAAGGUUUCCCCUGUCAUAGCACCCUUACUGGGGGGAUUGGAGUUGUGGAGUGAUGAUUUUGAUGGAAAAGGUGAUUUCAGCCAAUAUCGGGCUAAGCUGCUGGAGUUGAUCAAGUUUUUAGCUUCAUACAAGCCUAUCAUAGUCAGUGGUAAAGUUUCGGAAAGAAUUAUCACAAUCGUCACAAGCCUUUCGCCUUUACAAAUGCCUUGUCAGGACAUAUCUAUGAUGGAAAGCAUGCAGUUAACUCUUGAAAAUGUUGUGUGUACUAUUUUUGACGGUUCAAAUGAAAUUGGCACGGGCAGUUCCGAAAUUCAAUUGCAAUUGCGUGGAAUUUUUGAAGGUUUAAUUCAGCAACUUCUUUCAUUAAAUUGGAGUGAGCCAGCCUUGGUGGUAGUCCUUGGGCACUAUCUAGAUGCUUUGGGUCCCUUUCUGAAAUACUUUCCUGAUGCUGUUGCAAGUGUCAUCAAUAAGUUAUUUGAGCUCCUAACAUCGCUCCCCAUUGCUAUCAAGGAUCCUUCUACAAGUAGUGCACGAUAUGCAAGGUUACAGAUUUGUACAUCUUUUAUUCGUAUAGCAAAAGCUGCUGAUAGAAGUAUUCUGCCCCAUAUGAAGAGUAUCGCUGACACUAUGGGAUAUUUACAAGGAGAAGGACGUUUGCUUCGUGGUGAGCAUAAUCUUCUGGGUGAAGCAUUCCUUGUUAUGGCUUCUACUGCUGGAAUUCAACAGCAGCAUGAAAUCUUAGCUUGGUUGCUAGAACCUUUAAGCCAACAGUGGACGCGUCCCGAGUGGCAAAACAAUUACUUGUCUGAACCCCUGGGUUUGGUUCGUCUUUGUUCGGAGACGUCUACAAUGUGGUCAAUUUUCCACUCUAUAACAUUUUUUGAAAGAGCACUUAAGAGAAGUGGAACAAAAAAAUCCAAUCCAAAUUUGCAGAACUACUCAACCACAAGUUCUCCUCACCCCAUGGCUUCUCAUUUGUCAUGGAUGCUACCGCCCCUGUUAAAAUUGCUCCGUUCUUUACACUCUCUAUGGUGUCCUGCUGUAUCCCAGACAUUACCUGGAGAGGUCAAGGCUGCAAUGACUUUGAGUGAUACUGAGAAAUUCAGUCUUCUCGGUGAAGCGAACCCUAAACUUUCAAAAGGUGCAUUAAGUUUCGCCGAUGAUCCUCACUCUGACAUGAACAAAGGAGGGGGGCAUGUGGAACCUAGUGAAACUGAUAUUCGUAAUUGGUUUAAAUGCAUAAGAGAUAGCGGGUAUAACAUCUUGGGUUUAUCAGCAACUGUUGGAGAUUCAUUUUUCAAUUGCUUGGAUAUUGAUUCUGUCUCUCUUGCUCUAAUGGAGAAUAUCCACUCAAUGGAAUUCAGACACUUAAGGCAGCUAGUUCAUGCAGUCAUUAUUCCCCUGGUUAAGUUUUGUCCUCCACAUUUGUGGGAUGUCUGGCUGGAGAAGCUCCUGACGCCAUUAAUUCAACAUUCCCAGCAAUGUCUUAACUCCUCGUGGUCCAGUCUCCUACACGAAGGAAGAGCAAACGUCCCUGAUGUCCUUGGAAUCCAUCCGAAAACUGAUUUGAAAGUCGAAGUUAUGGAAGAAAAGCUACUUCGAGAUUUAACCCGAGAAGUAUGUCUACUCCUUGCGGUUAUGGCUUCAUCACCACUUAAUCCUGGCCUUCCUUCCCUGGAGCAAUCUGGACACGUGAACCGUGUCGCUAUAUCGUCUACCAAACACUUGGACGAGUUCUCAUCAAGCUGCAUGGUUGGCUUCUUAUUAAAGCACAAAGGCUUAGCUAUUUCGGCACUACGGAUAUGCUUGGAUGCGUUUACAUGGACAGAUGGUGAAGCCAUGACCAAAAUUUCUUCCUUCUGUUCUACAUUAGUUCUUUUAGCUAUCUCAACAAAAGACGGGGAGCUUCAUGAGUUCGUUUCCCGGGAUCUUUUCUCAGCAAUCAUCCAAGGAUUAACUCUCGAGUCAAAUGCAUUCAUUAGUUCUGAUCUUGUCGGUCUUUGUCGCGAAAUAUUUCUCUAUCUCUCCGACAGUAAGCCAGCUCCUAGACAGAUCUUACUCUCACUCCCUUGCAUUAAACAUCAUGAUUUGGUUGCUUUUGAGGAUGCUUUGGCAAAGACAUCUAGUCCAAAAGAACAAAAGCAGCAUAUGAAGAGUUUGCUUAUAUUAGCAACUGGAAACCAAUUAAAGGCAUUAGCAGCUCAGAAAAGUGUAAAUACCAUUACAAAUGUAUCAGCUAAGUCCCGUGGUUCAGUCAGUGCUCCAGAGACCAGAUUGGAUGAAGGAGAUUCUAUUGGCUUGGCAGCAAUAUUGUGAUGCACUCCAUUCAUCCUUGCAGACCUGUUGUACAGGAAAUUGAGCUUUUACUCACCGCAAGUCUAACCGACAUAUCGUAAGCAAAAACAGCGUCGUUUUCGCCGGAGUUCUGCUAAGUAUCCGUUCAUAUUCUGAAUUCGCAUUACGCUUUUCUGGUACUCGGAAAGUUUGUCGUUGGCUGCUGUUUGAAGAUGAAGAUGUUUAUGAGAUCUGAAGAGUUCCCAUUGCUCACAGGGUUUACCUGUAAUAUAACUUAAAUAGGUAGAUCAAGGUAAUUAUGAAGCCACAGAUAUUAGCUUUAGAGUUAUUUGAAAAAAAAAAAUUUCUGCAAAUACUAUUUUUUAAACUAAAGAGAUGAGCUUUCAUAGAAUCUUGACCUUAAAAUUAUCUCUCUAUUAUUAUUUCUCGUUCCUUU